UACGUCAAAGCCGGUAGUGAAUCUCUGCGGGCCGCAGUGCGAGGUUCAGGCCGCGGAAACACGUUCCAACAGUGCAAAACACGUAUCCGUAACUUUCUGCUUUUUCGCCCUUUUGCUCGCACGCGUCUGACUGUGUGUCUAUCGAUUCGUCACUAGUCUCGUUAACUCUUCGUGGCGCAAGAAUCGCAUGGCUUUGACACAUUUCGUGAAUAGAAAGGGCAAAAGGGAAAGAUUUCUCAAAGGAAACAAUCAUUAGCAACAAUAGCCACCGUGAAAAUGUGCUACACUCGUGAGAUGUGGAACAAGUGGUCACCGAUGCUAAUUAUUGCCUUCGAAUGGACGUUUUAUAGGAAAUUGAGGCCGUCGGUUUGCAACUUGGCAGCGAUUCAGGUCGGAGAUGCGUCGCGAGUGAAAUUGCACAAACCAGAACACGAACUGCAGAAACCACUUGCGGGCGAAAAGGAGAGAGAAAAGCUUGUAUAGAUACGAUAAAUAAUUCCGUACAAGUUCCCUGGGACUGUACACACUGUAAAUAGGCGGACUAUUUUUCGACGGAACGUCGCAACGCCAAAGUUUUUAUACCAAACUAGAAUCUAUAUAUUUGCGGACCUUUUUGUCGAUAUUUAUUCUACGAGAAAUAUUUUUACGACGAACGAGAAGCGAGUGAAAAAAAUUAGUGACUAUAUUCAGCGAUAAGACGUGCUAGGAAACGUGGAAUUUUCAUCGACGACGAUUUCUUCGCGAUCGCGAAGAUCCAAACGGUUCGAUCGAUCGUCGCGUGCAUCGGCGAAACAUCAGACGCGAUCGUGCUCGCCGGACACAAGCGCGAUCGUAGUGGAAUGAACGAAUGUGAUCGAGUAAUCGAGCACGUAUUUCGUGAAUCACCGAGGACUCGCGAGAUUCCUCCGUGUGGUUGCGUGUGCCAAACGCUCCGAAGAAACGACCGUUAUGACGCGGACUACAGAAGCGAGAGGACUACCGAUUGAAGUAACACGGGAGGAUUCCACGACUAUUUUAAGAACGCCGGCGAUCAUAGUUUGUGAGAGAAAACUGGUAAACCGACGAGCCGCCAGACACGUAGGCGUCAAUAGUCGAUGAUAGCUCAACUAAAGAAACGUUGGGAGGAAGAAACGGGGCCCCCAAGUCGCGCGGCUUGGUGUAAAUUUUCUGUCAGUAUUUUAUUCAUGAUCGGGAAGUGCUAUUUGCCCGUGUAACAGACCAUAAAUUAAAUAAUCGAGUGAGAAAACAAAAUAAAAACAUGGAGGGAAGGCCGAAAAUCGAGAUUGUCCGAGUGCCUUCGAACGAACAUGGACAAUUCCGGUCCCCGGACGGUGUCUAUGGCGGAUACAGCCAUGUUCGCGUGGGCGCGUAUUGCCCGGAACCGGAAGUCAAAGUGGUGGUUUGCGACAGCAAACCGCCGAUCGAACAGUCACGGAAAUGUAAGAGAAACUUGGGACCAGUCUCGAAACUACUAAGACGUCGUCAUCAUGCGACAUAUCUCGCCACAAAAUCCUGUGAUAACAUUUAUAGCGUAAAUAGAAGUAGUUGUUCCUUGAACUGGAAGGUCAGUCAGUCUGUGAACGAUCAUGGCUUUCAAUCCCGACAAAGCAGCAGUCUGGAUUGGCGAGUUGGACGAACCGUUAAUAAACUACAUUGGAGAGACACGACCCGCAGCGCUGAACAGCUUUCGAGAAGUGGACCGAUCGGUUCGGAUCAUCUUCAGACACCCAGUACAAAAUCAAAGCUCAUUUCGCUGCUUCGACGACUUUCCCCACGGCUUUCGCGACCUGGCAGUAAGAAUACCUUGCAAGCAUCGCCAACGAUCUGCCCGUGGGUACAGGUUGAGUACUCAUCGGAGUCGAUUAAUGAUGGAGUACGCGAAGAUUCCCAAGAAAGCGACGCAAGCUUUCAAAGGGAAUUGCAGAUGAACGAACUGAAGAAACGCAUGGCCGGAAUCCCCACCACGUCUCAGGUUACCGCGAAAGUCAGUAGGGAUGGCAAGGAACAACAAAGCUCGUCACAGCCUAGGAUACAAGUGCAACAACCUGAAAACGACUGUAAUAACGCCUGCAAAUCUGUGCACGAGGACCGCGGGGACGAGGAUCGUCGACGAGCCAGCGGGCAAACACGUGGUGGCGGUGAGGUAGCGGGCCUAGAAGACAUCGGCGACUUUUGCGCCGCGACGCUGACGCCGUCGGUCCCAGGCGCCGGCGGCAUCAGGUCAAAUCGCCGUACGAGGCCGCUUUCCCUCGCGGUGCAACCUCUUAAUUACCGUCGCCUCGAUCCGGAUCCGAAAAUCGCAACCGACACCGUCUCCAGCCAUCAUCCUAACAUGACUAGCCAGGAGAGCAUCGGCAGCUGCAGCCUGGACGUCGACCAGUCCGCGUCCGACCGAUCAGAGAUCACCGUAGACUCUAUAUCGAAGAAGACUCUGCACAGCCUGAAUCUAUCGUGCAACGGUGACUCCAUAUCUUCUCCCGGGAAUCUGGCAAACGGCAGCAGCGAGACGCUGCAAAAGUCCCACCUGACACCGGAUGAGAAAUUGAACGUCAGCAAUGGUCAUCGAGGCAGCCCCGAGCCAGACCAGCUGACAGUGAAGAAACCGAGUUAUUUGGGCCUGGCCUGUAGCAUCAGCGGCUAUUCGGGAAUCAAUAGGUACGACAGCAAGCUGAGAGAAGGGUUUCGAUCGAGGGACAACAGUCCUGGGGCGAGGCUGAUCACGAGAGACACCAGCCCAGCAGGUUUCAGAUCGAACGAGAACCUCAACGUGCCGGCGCAUUCCUAUCCGCCCAAGAGUCAGUCGAUCUCGCCGUUAGCGAUGGACAGACAAAACGGUUUCUCGAACGGUUUGAAGGAGGAGUGCAAAGUAGAGGCCUACAGGGAGUCCAGAAGCUCCAUUAGUAUUUGUCAGGGUUACUCGGAGGUCGACAAAGGCGUCAUGCAUUCGCAGUUCUCGGACAUCAGUCCAAUUCGAUCCAACACACCCGCGAAACGCAACCCCGGGAUGUCGCAGAUGAUGUCCUGUAGUCGACAGAACAAAACGUUCUCGUCCCAUUUGUCAGCAUCGUCUCCAAAGCAAGCUACUGUCAAUAUUUCGAAUAGUUCGUUUAGCGAAACGAGUAUAUUAAACGGAUCGGCAGAGGUGGAUAGCCAGGUUUUAAAUAGUUCGUCGAACAGCGAGAAAUCGUUCAUUCAGCAACGAGUGGAACGGCUCUACGGCCCCGGGGCACUCGCCCAGGGCUUUUUCUUCAAACGCAGCACCAGCAGACUGAACGACAGCAACAAUAGCUUCAACAAGUCGAGCAACAACAACGACGUCUCGGCGGACAACGCGAACACGGAGGAGUCCCUGAAGAAUCUGCCGGUGAUGAGACAUUUGAGACCAGAGUUUCGAGCUCAACUCCCGGUGGUCAGCCCUAGGAGACCCACGGACGGUUCGGAACAAAUCCUAAAGCCAUUACAAAGGGUAACACCAGUUUCGCAAAAGGCCGAUCAGAAACCAAAAAUACUGACGCCUUUGAACUUAGACAGAAGCAUCGCGGAAAGCAAAACGCAGAAGUUGAAUUCUAGCACGGCCAGCAUUCCGGAUCAGCAGCCGGCUGCACCAAAGGUUGUCUUACCUGUCCUAGAGCCGAGCGCCAGCUCGACGAACGUGGCCAAGCAGGCUCAGGAGGCUGAAAAAGACGAGGAAAAGGACGGGCAUUACUUCCUGAAACUCCUUAAACAGGAAACAGACAGGCUUCUCUCGUUGGCUGCGUCAACGGAAGCGGAGCUGACCAACAGCGAUAGUGUUGCACUUCCGGAAGAGGCAGCUGGCAAACUGCGUUCGGUCGCUGGCAAGGCCAGGUUACUCGCUUCCCAAAAGAUGCAGCAGUUCGAGGGGCUCUGCCAGAAAAACAUCAACCAGGUACCGGGCGAAGAGUUUCCAACGACCAACGAGGAUCUGGCUGGCUUCUGGGACAUGGUGAUGCUGCAGGUGGUGCAAGUAAACGAGCUCUUCAAUCAGAUCGAAAAGUUACGAAAUUCUCAGUGGCAAGAGACCGUGCCAGAGAAGAAAUCGGUCGUCGCUGGAGCACAGAACGGCAGCACGACAAAGCGUCGCGUCACGCCCAUCCACAAACCAAAAUCUACGGCCAACAGCGAGGCUAACAAGAAGGCGAGAGAGGCGAGAGAACAGGCUCGAAGGCAGCUGAUCGAGGAACGGAGGCGCGCGAUGCGCUCUAACGCGCAAAAUUCCGAGAAUACCGUAAAGAUCUUUGCCCCUGACACGUAACGAUAAAAAGGGCCGGUAAAUCUCGAGCGAUCGGCGACGCUCUGUCUCGAGCCGGAUAAAAAACGCGGUAUUUUUUAUGGAUUGUCUUGUACGCUCGAAUUUCGAGGCAUCGGACGCGCGGUUCUCGAAGCUUUUCGAAACGUCGUUCACGUCGCGCGCUUAAAGGUAUUUACCGAAUCGACGGUGUUGUAAUUCUCCGACGAAUAGUAUUAUGAGAGGACGUGCGAUCACGUCCGCCAGUUAGAGCGUUUCGUUGCGUAAAGUGCUGAAAAUUAUGCGUCAGAACAUUACAUAGGAAGCUGACUUACAAACAAUUAUCGAUGUGCUUCGACUACAAUCAGACGCGCUUCUCGACGAUGAUAGAAUCGAGCGUUUCGCCUAUAGUGGGGCACCACAAUUUUAUCGAACACGGUAUACGAUGUGUUCUGCUAGAAAUCAGGGCAAUUUUAUUAUUUGUUUUCAGUCUUCGGGAUCACAAGUAUUUUUUGCGCAAAAACAAGUAUUUUCUUCUUUUAUUAACGUUAAAUUAAUCUUAACCAUUUUUUGUCCACAGUGUAUUUAGCAUUUACAUUUCUAAUGGGACACCUCGUAUAUGCGACAGAUAUCGAAUUGACGUUAUCACGAAUUUUUAGGGAUUGUCUUUACAGUUUGGAAUAAUUUCUAUUUUAUUACGGUGUUCUCGACUCACGCUCCACACACCUUCGUUCUCCUUCGAUUUUCACGCUGUGAUGUUUCGUGUUAAUCUUGUUACGUUUUAAUAUCGAUUUACGGUACCGUUCGAUUUUGUACGAUAUUUAUAAUGUUCAUUUCAUGGAACGGAAUAGCACAGUAACGUUGAACACUCUUCGACUCUCUGUUUCGUGGUUUCCUUCGUGUAGUGUAUCGUGUCACGAGAAUGGUUCGCGGUUGUUCGUGAACGACCAGCGAAAGGGACGUAGCAAAAAAGUUGAAUUAUCAAAGAGAAUCGUAGACUCUAAAUCGUAAUAGUGAAAAGCAUGGAAAUCGGCGCGUGUUCAGACACAUCGAGUUAUUAAUUAGAUGGCCGCGUCUUAUUUGGUUCGACAAACUCUAAUUCAAUGAAGAAUCAUCCAUCACUGUGGUUUAAAAAUAGCUACAUAUAAAUAUGAACGAUUCGAUCAUGCAUUGUUUGAGCAAGCCCUCACCAGUAAAAUACAUAGAAUAAAUAUCAAUUAAAUAAGAAGAAUUUUAAGAUUAACUUAACAAGUAACAGUUUUAACUACAGUGACGGUUAACAAUCAUUGAAUUACAGUUUGUUGAAUCAAACAAGACGCGGCCAUCUAAUUAAUAACUUAUUGUGUUCGAGCACGCGCUGAGUUUCUUACUCGACGUAUUGGUGUUUACGUGCUGAUGUGAUUUCGAUUCCGUGCGUGUUGAAAAAAAAAAAGUUUUCGACACGUCGUUUCGUUCCGCAAGUUCGCGGAAACACGCGCAGCAGCCCGCGUUAUUUAUUGACUGUUGAUUCCCUUGGUGCCUUGAUUAAUUUAUACGUGUGUACAUAAAACGACUGACAGCCGGCGAUCAGGCGCGACAAGGCGUCCAUUAUCGUCGUAAUUGAGAAUAAUGAUGAUUCAUGUUGAAUGAUCUUUGCAGCAUUUAUUAUGUCUUAAACAUGUCCCUCUUUAGAAAUAAUUAUAGAAUUUAAAAUCAGAAAAAUUUAGGCGCCUGACGGCGGGUACAAUACACGUUCUGGACAGCAACAUUUGUGGUUAAUGACUACAAAUUUUAUGGAAAGUAAAAUUAACCGGAAAUAGAGUAUUAGAAUAUGGUAAAAACCAACAUGCCUUAAAAUAGCACGGGUUUAAAAUAAUAAUAUAAUAAUUUUAUCACCUCUGUUUAGCACUACCUAUCUUUCUUCUAUCUACAAGCUAUUUUAAGUCACGAUACUAUAUAAAUAAUUUUGACAAGAAUAAAGAUUAAAAUUUUCCAAUAGUUAAUUCGAUUGUCUACAUAAUUUUGUCUUCGUCGCUGAAAUUGCUGUCCGAAAUCGUUAUUUAUUUCAAACGAUUGUAUACUUAAUUUCAUACAUUUUUAAUUACUAUCAAAUUAUCGCGACUUUGAAUUCUAGAAUAAUUUUUUAGAGAGAGCAUCGUGGUUAAAAAUGUUCGCAGAACAAAAAGUGCUCAAAGGCUACUCGACGUGAAUUAUUUUUAUUUAUUGACGAGCAUUUUGUUAUCUAAUGAUAAAUGAGAAUGGAACAGAGAGGCGCGUGGCACUUACGAAUUUUUGUCACGAAUCAGAUCGAUGGAUUUCAUUCUGUCGGAGGAAGGAAACGUUGCUUUUUGUUCUCAUUUAUUCGCUGCACCUAAAAAUUCGGCGACGAUCAAAAUGAUUAGAAUUAUUCGUAACGAGUCGAUCCGUAGCGAAAUUUUUAUAUUACUAUCUCCCGAGCAGAUAGCGAUUGAUUCUUUCUUUUAUAAUGCAGCGAGCGUGUGCCGCGAGCGACUGCACAUAAGCGCGAGAGGAAAUAAAUGUGUGUGGCUGGAGGAAACGAGCGGAUUGGAGGCAAGAAAUCCGUAUAAUUUACAGAAAUCGGAUAUAUGUGCAUAAUGGCCGCCGGCCCAGCACCAAGUCCCGCGAUUCAUUUCGUCCUCUUUCCCUCCUCGUCUAAGUUGUCUCCUUUCUCUUUCGAUGUAUUUUACGUGUAUAUUCCGUAUUUAGGGCGUCGCCUCGAUCCACGUAGUAAUUUAUAUUCAGAACAGUUUCCCCGUUGCUUUUUUCGUAGAGCUCAUACGCCGCCGAACUUUUCAACGGAUCAAUCCAAAGUGUGUACGAGGAGAAUCGCCGUGACAUGAUCACAGUUUUUUCUUCUUCUUAUUUUAACGUUCUUCUCUUUCGCUUCUUUACAGCGAAAGUCUACUCUAUUUCGCAGGAACAAAGCUUUUCGGAAACUACAAGAAUCGCAAAUUUUUUUAAUUGUCAUUCGAGAACGUUCCGAUGGUUGAUCAACCCUAUCGACCAUCCAACGUUCCCCCUUUUUUUUUACGCGGAUAAACAAUUACGAUUAUUUAUUUAUUAGAUACUAGUAAGC